GGGCGGAGCCGGUCCUCCCCCCGCACUCAGCUCUGCAGCACGCGGCUGUUGUGUGAACUUUCCCCGACCACAACAUCUGUACUUAUUACCGUGUACACAUCUGGACACCCCCGCCAUGGACCGGGCCACCGCAGCAGGACAGAAGCGACGCUUUAAUCCUAAAUCCAUGACGGAAGAGCUACAUAGAAUAUUCACUGAAGACGGGGCUUCAGAGAAUGAAGAUUUUGAAGGCUUCUCACAGAAAGAUAUGGAGGAUCAGGAUGUGAGUGAUGAUGAUCACAGAGAAGACGUGCUCUCAGACAGUGCAGAGGAAUCCCUACCGCUUAAAAAGAGAAAGUUUGGGCUGCGCAUUGCUCUGCAGUUUCCCAACAAGAGGCUUUCAAAUCAGGGUAAGAAGCCUUCCAGUACUCCUAAAGUGACGCCAGUCCAGAACAGAAAGAAGGAGACUGCAAUAACCGGAAACAAGAAGGAUUCCGCACCUGGUUCUGAUGGAGAGAAUGUGUCUAACCGGGAGAAUUCAAACGCCCUCGCCAAAAGAGCGAUGAACAUUAAGGAGAAUAAAGCCGUCCUUGCUCAACUUCUUGCAGAGCUGAACUCCAUGCCUGAACUGUUUCCAGUGAAAACCACUACCCCUUCUAAGCAGAAAAAGACAAGCCGUCGAUCAUUUUCUGAAGGUCCCAUUGAAAGGCGCACUAAUCCAACACGCAGUGCUCGACCAAAAGAAAAUUUUGCGCUAGAGAAUUUUACUGCUUCUGCUUUGCAGUUUGCGGAGCAUCUCCAGAAGUAUGGUAAAAGUGCAUUCAGGCGCCCCUUGAGUGAUGAAGAUCGUGAAGAAAUUCGGAGAAGGAGGAGGGCAUCAAAAAGCAACUAUCGUGCUGUAGAAGACAUCACAGAAGAGGAGUUGGACAACGUUGCAGUGACUGUUAAAGAUAAAACUUAUGAUAAAAUCUUGGGAAGCACUUGUCACCAGUGUCGUCAGAAAACAACCGACACAAAAACCUUCUGCCGCAAUCCUGGCUGUGGGGGAGUCAGAGGACAGUUUUGUGGGCCAUGUUUAAGAAAUCGCUAUGGUGAAGAUGUGCGGGAGGCACUUUUGGACCCUGAAUGGAUUUGCCCUCCUUGUCGUGACAUCUGUAACUGCAGCUACUGUCGUAAGAGAGAUGGUCGCUGUGCCACAGGAAUGCUUAUUCACCUGGCAAAGUUUUCUGGUUAUGACAAUGUCAAAGAGUAUCUUGAAAGCUUACAAAUGCGGCUGGCGGAAGACGACUGAAUCUGCCCCUUAAAGAAAGAGCUGAUGGUAUAACAGUGCAGUGCAAUGCAUUGUGGCUUAGUCACGUGUUCACUAAGCUCAGAUUUGACAUCCCAACUGUUGAAUAGAAGAGUAUUUCAUUUGGCACCUUUUAUUAGUUUUUUUUAAAGUGUUCCUGAUGCCUUGCUGAUACUACAGCUAGAUAUUCCUUAUUAUGAGGUUAUUUGUGUUGCCAUGUCUUUGCCUUUUAAGAUGAAAGAAGUAACCUUAAGGGGGCGUCAGCUGGAUUUUACACGCCUCAAGUUGUAUUUUAGACUUUGAGAUUCUAACGAUGGGUUUUAAUGGCAGGUUUCUACUUACCCCGUGCUGGUUUGAUCUUAUACUGUAGCUGUAACAGUUGCUUAGAAUCAUUUUACUGUUCCUAUAGAACGUUUUAUCUGCAACUUCUGCCACUUUGAUUUAUGUUUUUUCCCCGAUGCCUAUAACCUUGAAUGUUUUACUGUAAAUGCUUUAAUUCUUUUAGAGUUCUCUAUAUUUGUAUAGUUUUUAUAUAUGAUGGAUGUAAAUUCUUGUCUGGAACCUGGACCAGAAUUUGUAAUACUCAAUUUAUACUUUCUUGAAAGUGAUUUCAAAAGGCAAGACAAUUUAUCAUGAGGGAAGUUAAGGUCUGCCUGAUUUCCACUAUGCUUCAUGUGGUAGUUGAUUUAAAUUAGGAGUAUCUGUUUAAUGUAACACUUGUGUCUAGAGAUGUUGCUCCAAUUUUUGUACACCACCUGCCAAUAGAAGAAAGACUGUCUUUUUAAUGAGUUGCAGUUGAUAAAGUGGGCACAGUUAAUAACGUGUACUGCAGAUUUAGCGCCCAUCUGUUUUUCUCAAGUGGCGAGAGUGACAUAGCACAAAGAAUCGCAACUUUUUUUUUUCUUCAAAUGAGGCAUGUACCAAAAAAAUAAUAAACUAAAUGUGACUUUAAACUAGUUUUGUGGCACAAAUGGAAUGAUACAUUUCCACUAAUGGUUUUGCUGGCCAGUGACAUGUACUAAAUAAAAGCUUAAUGCUAGUUCACACAGUG